UACAGUCUCGCCAGCGAGUUAUUCCGCACAACUGUUUACUAUCGUGGCCGCAUUGGAUUGUCUGUAUACAUGUAUUUCUAUAUCCUACUGAGCAAAGUGUAGCACUGUGAAUAUGCAGUGCUGUAAUUAUGGUUUAUCAUCGUGGCUCAGUGUUGCACGAAGAGUUCGGCAUGGGACUUUAUAGUGCGUUUUUCGACAAUACACUGUGUAAAUACUACACAAGGUUGCAAUUCUGUUUACAAAUUAACUAUUCGAAAUAAACACUGAUGUGUGCGGUGAGGUUGAGACUCCAUUUGGUUUACGAGAGCUUAUCGUGAGUACCGGGCGCUGGGAUGAACUCCCCCGGGGCCGGCGGCGCGGGGUGCCCCACCACGAAGAGCGUUGACUUCGUGAACGUUAUCCCGUCGAGUCAUCUGCGAACGGCCGGAGGACUGAUGGACCAGUCUCGGGACGACGUGUACAUCGUGGAGGCAUUAAAGGGCAAGAGGAGAAGGAAGGGAACAACCGAAUAUCUAGUGAAAUGGAGAGGCUGGUCCAAUAAACACAAUACGUGGGAGCCGGAAGAUAACAUCUUAGACAAACGGUUGUUGGAUAGUUACUCCACAAGGCGUACAAAUGUGACGUCACAGCGACGAAGACGCCCCAAACGGCAGUUAUCACAGCCGUCCAAUAUGCUACUUUCUGAAUUAGACUACGACUUGUCGGACACAUCGUUCCCAAACAGAUUCCGGCUCGUCAAGGACCCUAAGAAUGGGACAUGGCGUGCACGGGACGGGCCCACCACCACCACCACCCCAGGGAGCCUAACCCCACCGCUAGAAUCCUCGCAGCUCACCGGGGAGGUCCGACACCGAGACCGGGGUGCCGUACCUCGCGGGAGUAGCACACACCUACCCAAUGAUGAGAGAUUCUACGCCAGGACGGUCUCAGUACCGAAUAACCCGAGUGACUACCGGUCAGACUGGACGUGGAGUCCCAGCUCAGACCGCAGCCAGAACUCGGUCAAUGCAACACCCGAUGGCGAUGUCACUAACUCCGAACGAGAUUUGGCGAGUUUUUACGUUACUGCCGCCAAGGACCUCGAACUAUGCAACGAGAGCAUUGUGGUACCCAAGCUCUCGCCAAAGAUCGUACUAAAGAGAAUAACGCCAUCCGAGAUUCGGCGAGAACAGAACCAACACAAUGACGAUUCAGACACGGAUGAGAUCACUUACUCUGACCCCGAUCAGGUUAAAUAUUAUCCUAAAAGUGCAAAGAGGACUUCGCAACAGAAGGUUAGUCUUGCCAUGGAAACAGGCAACCCAGUUCCUCAACAUAGUAACACCAUCGACCUUGCCAUCGUAAAGGAAGGAAAAGUCAGUUUGCGUUUUCCAAGAGGUAUACAUAAAGACGCUGUGAGGAUGCCACCUUUACCUACUGCGUUUGAUGCCAUCAUGCCGGGUAGGAUGAAAGCGUCAGACGGUGUCAUAGUAACGGAUGUGACGUCAGGCGGGUUAACCAUCACCAUUAAAGAAAGUGGCAAUGCUGACGGCUUCUUUGGGGGCCAACAAAUCUCUGGAUGAUAAUUAAAAAAUGAUGAAGUUUCUAUUUGCGAACUACGUGCAACGUAUGAUCUUUUUAACGUGAUGAUUUGGUGUCUGCACAGGAAAUUUGGAGUGGGUGGGGGUGAAGAGGGGAUGCACAACACCCACCCAUCUCCCCUGUUCUUAUUGUCAUUUGGUUCAUUGAAUCAGUGGCCUUCCAAUCUCCCACCCCCACCUCCUCCUCCUCCACACCAAGCUGAUGCUUCACCGCAUCCAUCCAAUAUAUCUGAGCCCACUUUAACAACGCAACGAGCAAGCUUCUGCAUUGACGCAACGAGCAAGCUUCUGUAUUGACGCAACGAGCAAGCUUCUGCAUUGACGCAACGAGCAAGCUUCUGCAUUGACGCAACGAGCAAGCUUCUGUAUUGACGCAACGAGCAAGCUUCUGCAUUAUCCAUUUUGAUUUACAUGUACAUGUACACCUUCUGGCCUGUAUUCUAAGUUAUUAAUAACAAUAGGUGUUCGUGCAUCAGCACGAACACCUAAAAAGGGUAAGGGCACCAAGAAAUGUUCUCCUUUGUAAGAGCACCAUGUGAGAAAAUUGUAAAUGUCCUACUGUAGGAUUUCAAGGGCACCAAGGCAAUGAUCAGGGGGCAUGGAGGCAACCAGGCCUGGGUUAUGACUGGAAUGUUACCCAGUCAUGUUUGUCACCCACACGUUUUUAUGUUUAACUUUCAAGGCAAAUACUCAAUCUUGAUUAUAUAUAUCUUAUCAUGGGUAAUCCUAUCAACUCGGAAUACAUCUCUCGACAUAUAAUAGGCCUAAAUAAUAUAUAACAUCAAUUAUGAAAGAUGAUUUGAAUUGCUAAAUAAAAUUAUGGGUUCAUCGAGUGUAAGUCUACUAGGAAUACAUUAGUCAGUAACGUAUCUAUAUUGUUGUUCUUUUUUUAUUACACCCGUCUUUCUUGAAAAUUUACAGACCAACAUGAUGGAAAUAAAAUGAACUUUUUACAUCAAGGAUAUUGUUAUGAUUACCAUGGCAACUGUGCUAUCUUGCAGCUAUUGUUGUUUGCUUCCAUAUUGAUGUCACACCCCCAGCAAGCUAUACGGCUUGUUGUUUUUAGCAGCGGCUUUGACCUCAGUGACAAUGCAAGGCAGACUUGGUUAGGGCAUGGAGGAAGGAAAUAAUUGUCUUCCUCCAUGGUUAGAGGGUGUAGCAGUGAUGUUGCCAUGAACGUUUGUUUGACUACUGGUAGUGGAUGAAUUGUUACUCCAUGUUUCUGAUAAUGAGUCCCUUCUACACGAUCAGAGCUGCCCGGUCAACUCUCUUUGAUUCUGCAGAAAGUUCCCUGAAAAUGUUGAAUGUAAUUCUCAGUAUUCCCCAGAUUGUUGUACAUUCUUCCCGAUUGCAAGAUGCAAAUGUUCAAUUCAAUUCAAAAUGCAUUUCCAUACUUCAAGAAAUAAGUACAAAGCAAUAUUAUUGUUAAGAAGUAACAAAUAAACAAGGCUGUUAUACAGGCAGCUCUGCACUUUGAUUCGAAAUAAAAAAUGGUGUCAUACAUGAGUGGUUUGCGGAGGAGUAUUAACUGAAUCCUUCAAUUGUCAGCAAUAUAACUGCAAACAGAGAGAGGGAGAAGGAAAUGUCAUGGUAUACGGUGUUAAGGUUUUCAAGCAAAGUGUAAUGAUUGCGUCAAGGACUCUGUCAGUCUGUGCGUCAAUAAGAUAAUUAUUUUGCCUUUUUUGCUAUAGGUCAUAAUAUUUCUCAUGUUUGUAAAUUGGUUAUUGUAUCGAGUUUCGAUCGCGAUAACAAUAUACCGUAAUAUCAUAUAUAUUGACGUCUCAUUCCGCCAUCUUGGAGGUAAAGCGAUGAUAAAUUACAAAUUUGUUGGUAUUAGUCAUUUUUCCCAUGUUUGUAAGUUGGAUAUUGUCUCAAGUUUCGAUCGCUAUAGCAAUAGACCGUAAUGUAUUGACGUCACCAAGCCGCCAUUAUGUCUUAGGAUAAUACAGGCCCAAUGAUUUCAAAGGGAUGCAAUUGUUUCAUUGGAUUAAAGUGCUGUGUCGUAAACUUUCCAUAUCUAUGUUUUGAUUGAUCCGAUGUGAUGUGGUGUCCGCUUGCACUGUCGACCCUCCACACAAAGCGUAUACGUGUGCAUAAUGUUGUGUAUAAUAUGGCGGACAAAGACAAUGGGAAAAAACACUCAAAAAACGAUACCAAAAAACUAUAGCCAUAUACAAUAUUUGCAAUGAUAACAUGGAGAAAACCUUUCCAAUAAGUUAGACUAAACUAUAGCUGCAUGAAUCCUCUGAUUAACAUAAUGGACAAUUAUAAUUAAAAAACAUCGCUCAUUAUACCUGUCGUAGCCAACACAAAAGCGGUUCGAGACUCCUAUGUGGUUGUGAUAGAGCACUAUUCAAGAACUGCGUCAUGUGUAAUUUCUAUAUGCAAUUAAAUAUAACACCUGAAUGACCCUCCUUCUUCUCUUAUGGAGCGAACCACGGAGGCAGGAAAUUGUGAAAAUGCCUCAGCUCGACCCCGCAUUGUAAAAUGACGAGAAAUAAUCUUGCAACGUAGAGCGUUACAAAUGACAUAUAUUGAGUCUAUAAACACUGCUAUGAUGUUCAAGGACACAGUAAUAUUCCCAGCUUGUCUAAACGAAUCGUUGUAUCGACUUGGAUGCUGUUUUCUGCACGCUAUCGCCAUUAACGCGGUACAACCAUAAUGGGAAUGAUUAUCGCACAUGUAAUAUCCACUAGUACUGACGGACAAAGAAUACAAACAUUAUUUUGUUAUCUUGAAAUAUUAUUGUGUUCCCUCGAAAUAAUUUCAGUGUUUUGUUUACCUUUUCAAUAUUGUGUUUACCUGACGCUUCAGGGGAACCGUGAACGUUCACAUUUUUAUUGGAUGACAGUAUCAAAUGAAUGGACAAUUAAUUGUUUGAGUUGAAAACAAAUGCUUAUUGCUUAAUUGAAAAUUAAGUUGUUGUCACAUUUUACCGAGACGAACUAUAUCCACGCGUCUCCCAUCUAUUUAAUUAGUCUUUCGAAAUGUGGCUUGAUUGAAUUGAAACAUUGGAAGACAUCCCCUGCUAGAAAAGUUUUUUUUUUAAUGAAAGACAAAAUUUGAACCACUUGAAAGGAUAUUGAUGACUGACUGAACUGUUCUUGUAAUCAGGAGAGAAAAUUAACUAAUUGCACAUUGCUCGACUAAGUUUCAAUAAGUGUAUCCAUUGUAUGGAAUUGUAAGCUUAAUGUCCACUAAAUUGAAAAAUGUGCAGCUGUGUUGGCCUAUAUCCACAAAGUAAAUAUUAGUUUUGCUGAAUAGAGAUAUAUCCACUGAAUGAAAGUGAAUCCACAGAAUAGAAACAGUAACUUUAAAUGGAGGAUUUUGUAUCCACACUAUUAAAACAGAUAUUCACAUUGUUAAUAUUCGUUCGCAGUAUAAUACUGUGUCCACUUGAUGUAAAUGUAUCCUUAAUGUAUCAUUCAAAUAGUAGACAUCACAAUAUCAACGACUAAUUGAAAUGUAUCCACUAAACCCACUAAGUGUUUCAAAAUGAAUCCUCCACUGUGCAGAUAUAUCUGCUCAUUGAAAUGUAUCCAGUCAUAAAUGGAAACUUAUAAUGCACGAAUUUGAAAUAUAUCCACUAAUAGAAAUGUAUCCACACAAAAUAAAUCCUCUACUAUUAGAAAUAUUUUUGCAUAUACAUUCAAAGGAAUCCACUAAUUGGAAAUGUGUGAAUAAUCCACAAAGUAAAAAAUGUAUUCACACAUUAUAAUGUAUCCACUAAAUUGACAUUUUCCCUUGAAAAAGCAUCAUCCACUAAGUAGAAGUAUAUCCAUAAAAUAAUUUGAAGUUUAUCCACAAAAUGCUAAUGCAUCCGUUAUAAAGUGCAUCAUCCAAUGAGUAAAAAUAUAAUCACUUUGAAACUAUUCAACUAAAUGCAAAUAAUAUCCAAUAUGAAAAAUGCACCAACAAAUAUAGGCUUUAGAAAUAUAUCCAAGUUCAAAUGUUUCCACAUUAUGCAAACGUAUCUAAUAAAAUGGGUUAUUUAAUGAGCAGAUAUUUAUUCACAAAAAGCAAAUGUAUCCACUAAUUGCAAAUGUAUCCACAUCAAAAAAUCACCCCACUGAGUGCGAAAGUAAUACAACCUCGAGAAAGUGAUCAACAUUUUGUUUUUCUCCAUGGUUUGUGAUGAAGGAGAUUUACUUACAUAAUGGUGUUUCAUGCAAUUGUUUUUAUGGACAUUGCUCUUUGGUCCUAUGUCUAUACGUUAUUGUUAGUGGAACAGCUGAUUUAUCACAUACAUCGUUUACAGCCGUUGGGAAGCACGCGAUAUUGACUGUUUAGUGAUCAAUGAGUCACUGUCAUUAAAAAGUCGUCGUCUUGUUGGUAAUUUUUUCAACGUUACUCAAUUUGAUGAAUUUGCAUAACCAAUCUAUGUUCGCAUUGCUUGGUUGGUAUCACGCAAAUUGUGAUUACAUAAAAAAUAAGUUCUUUGAGAAAAUGGCUGAAAUCAUCUAUAUCUACAUGUAUUGUUUUUGUCUCGUCUGAAAGACACUGGACACUAUUGGUAAUUGUCAAAGACCAGUCUU